CUCUCCAACCCUCCAACUUAUCGCUCUACUCUCUUUCUCUCUACAGCUGCUCUCAGCUUCUCUUCUCAUUCAGAGAUUCAUUCUCUCAAGCAAAUUCGAAAGGUAUCAAAUUGAAGAUCAGCUCGAUUGAUAUCCUGGUUUUCCGAGCUCCCUGUUUCAUUAUUUCUUAUUCUGUUUCUUUCUUGAUUACCCUUUUCUGUUUCUAUUUGUAGAUUUUUCAUAAGAGCAAUGGAGCCAGCGAAAAUUGACUGGAAGAAAGUCGACUCUAGAUUUGUUGAGGAUGAACUCUACGAGCACAUAAACGCUCCUAGAUGGAUCGAUUUCACUGCUCCAGAAGAUUAUGUAGACGAUGAAGCCUGGUUUUGCAAGCCAGAUUGUCGGCACCCAAAGACCGCUGCAGAUUUUCUGAGAUCGACGCCUCCUUCAAAGUUUAAGCAUUUGAGAUCAGCUAGCGUUUCUGAAAUCCUUCCCUUGGGCGAUUGGAAUCGGAGAGAUGCGAACUUGAAAAGGAGAGGUCUUAUCUCAUCUUCAAAUUCAUCAAGUACCGAUUCAAAAUCCGAGAUUACUACGGAAUCUAAGCCUCCGAACAAGUUCACCCCAGACAGUGAGAACAAGAACCCGAACUUCUCAACUCCUCAGAAUCAUCAGAGCAAGAUCAUGAAAGCAGCUAUCAAGUCAAGCACAGAGAAGAAGAAACUAUUGGAUGAAUCUCCUUCUGCAGAUUUCACACAGAAUAAUCGAAGGCCCCAGCUGAAAAGCACUCUCUCAGCGCGUAAUCUCUUUGGUGGUCGAGAUAUCUUGAGUCAGAUAUCUGAGUUCUGCAACGAAUUGAAGAAAUUGGCAACAAGAACAAAGGAGAGAGAGAAUUCAGAGUCAUCAAAGGUGGAGAAGGGAUCUACUCAGGAACCCUCCAGUGAGAUUUCUGGAGAGAGGAGUGAGAAAGAGAAAGAGAAGAAGCCUUUGCUACAGUUGGGAGAAGGGAGUUUUGAAGCUAAGGGGCAGAAGCUGAGAAGGAAGAAAAGAAACGAGGAGACAGAGAACAUACCACUUACUGUGGAUUUGAAGAACAUAAAGCGGGGAGAUGAGAGAUUGUUGAUGCAAGUUCGGACCUGUCCUCCUUCUCCUCAAUGUUUCUCCUCCCCUCGUCAGCCCUUGGGUCUCAACAAAAACACAACAACCACCACUACCCCGCUCAAGCCUUCAAGGCCCAAACUUAUUACUGGCAGAGGUAUUCUUCAAGAAUUGAAGCAGAGCAGCAAUACUGAGCCAAUGAAGGAAGAAGAGCAUGGAGAAAAAGGAAACGCCAGUGAAAAUAAAGGUGUUUCCACAGCUACCUCUGCUGGUACAGAAAUAAAAUCCUUGGACAUGUUCUGGUUCUUGAAGCCUUGCACGUUCCUUAAUUCAGUCAAGUAGAUCCAUAUCAUAAUCUCUUACACCUUCCCAUUCUUUCUGAAAUCCCAGUGUUCUCUUCUGUUCUCAAAAAUUCUUUGUAGUUGAACAUUUGAUAUGUUGUAGAGAAAACAAAAAAUAAGAGUAUUGUGAGAGGGAGACAGAGAAAGAAUAAUACUCUGUUCGGCCAAUUUAAUAAAUUGCUAAAACAAAUUUUUUUUUUGUCUA